GGAACGUCUUCCGGGGUAGCCGGAAGUGGCCUUAGGCGGAACGUUGCCAUGACAGCGGCUAGGCACGCGGCCGGGCGGAGGGAAGAUGGCGGUGACCGGCUGGCUGGAGAGUCUCCGAGCGGCCGAGAAGACGGCGCUGUUGCAGGACGGGAGAAGGAAGGUGCACUAUUUGUUCCCAGAUGGGAAGGAAAUGGCGGAAGAAUAUGAUGAGAAGACAAGUGAACUACUCGUGAGGAAGUGGCGUGUGAAGAGUGCCCUGGGAGCCUUGGGCCAGUGGCAGAUUGAGGUGGGAGAGCCAGCAGUCCCAGGAGCAGGGAGCCUGGGGCCUGAACUCAUCACAGAAAGCAAUGCCAACCCCAUCUUCAUGCGCAAGGACACCAAGAUGAGUUUCCAGUGGCGAAUUCGAAACCUCCCAUACCCUAAGGAUGUCUACAGUGUCUCUGUGGACCAGAAGGAGCGCUGUGUCGUUGUCAGAACAACCAACAAAAAGUACUACAAGAAGUUCCCCAUUCCUGACCUAGACAGAUACCAGCUACCUCUGGAUGACUCCUUGCUGAGCUUUGCUCAUGCCAACUCUACCCUCAUCAUCUCCUACCACAAGCCCAAGGAGGUCCUGGUAGCUGAGUCAGAGCUGCAGAAGGAGCUGAAGAAGGUGAAGACAGCCCACAACAGUGACGGGGAUUGCAAGACCCAGUAGUAGACCCAUGAACCUGCACUUCUGAUGCUGAGUCUGGGUGAGGUUCUUCCUACAGACCUGUCAGAGUUUGAGGCUUGGGCCUUUCCAGCCCGGGGCAGCCUCUUUCCUUUCAGCAGCUGUCCAGGCUCUGUAAGAACCGGGGCCUUCCUAGCCCUGAGUCAUGGUUUUCUCUCCUGAGUAAAGUCAUUCUGAGUCAC